AUGCGCCUGCCGCCGGGGAAGCCCCCGCUGCCGCCUCUGCGGAUUUCGCUGGCCGCCGCCACUUACUGCCUGCUGGUCCUGCAGGUGGACGCCUAUUUCGGCCUGACUGGGAAAGAAGCAUUAGCUCAGUUUCCUCUGCUGGGGCCCUCAAAAAGCCUUGGCCACUGGAAGGCUCACCUGAAGCAAUGUGACCUGCUCAGGCUUUCUCGGAAGCAGAAAAGGCUUUGCCGCCGGGAACCCGGGCUAGCUGAAACCUUACGGGAUGCCAUCCGGCUUGGUGUCCUCGAGUGUCAGUAUCAGUUUCGCAAUGAGCGCUGGAAUUGCAGCCUGGAUGGAAGGGCGGACCUCCUGAAGCGAGGUUUCAAGGAAACAGCCUUCCUGUAUGCAGUGUCUUCAGCAGCGCUGACCCAUUCCCUCGCUCGGGCAUGCAGUGCAGGGAGGAUGGAGCGUUGCACGUGUGACGACUCGCCAGACUUGGAGAACCACAAAGCGUGGCAGUGGGGAGUGUGUGGAGACAACCUCAAGUAUAGCACUAGAUUUUUGAAGAACUUCCUGGGCCAAAAGAAGGUUGGGAAAGACCUGCGGGCCAAGGUGGAUAUCCACAACACGAAUGUGGGCAUCAAGGCUGUGAAAAAUGGACUCAAGACCACUUGCAAGUGUCAUGGUGUAUCUGGUUCAUGUGCUGUGAGAACCUGCUGGAAACAGCUGUCCCCUUUCCAUGAGAUGGGAAAGCUGCUCAAAUUACGCUACGAUGGUGCUGUCAAAGUCUUCAGUGCUACCAAUGAUGCCGUGGGCCACUCAGAACUGGUGAGCCCCCAGCACAGUGGCCACUUGGCCAAAGGCCCGGUUGCUCCCCGCUCCACUGACCUGGUUUACAUGGAGGACUCUCCCAGCUUCUGCCGGCCCAGUAGAUACUCCGUGGGCACUGCUGGAAGGACGUGUUCUCGGGAGGCCAACUGUGACAGCAUGUGCUGUGGCCGGGGUUACAACAUCCAGAGCCGCAUGGUCACCUUCUCCUGCCAUUGCCAGGUGCAGUGGUGCUGCUAUGUCGAAUGCCAACAGUGCAUGCAGGAAGAGGUGGUUUAUAGCUGCAAGCAGUAA